CAGCGGCGGUCCAGUGGAUAUGUUUCGUUUGACUGGUGGCAAUGUAUUGGUUGUUACAUCGGGACGAUAGACUGACAUCUUACUCGUAGAUAACGUAGUGACCAAGUGCCAACUGUUGCUAUGUGUUACUUCGACCAGACUCGAUGGACGUGCGGCUAUUGGCGGUGGGGGCACUUCAGACAACAAUGUCCCAAGGAGUAUCGUACAGGCGAAACAUGCGGUCUCAAACUGAUCAUGUCUACACAUGACGAUCCGGACAUCUGCAAAAUCUGCAAGGAUAUAGAGAAGAAGCAACGAAAGUACAACAAGCUUGAGAGCGAUGUAUACCGAUGGCAAAGAGAGGGGAACCGAAACGCGUCGAUCGAGAAGGCUCAACGAGAUAUGACCGAGGUGUCGACUGCGAUCUAUACCAUGCAGCAACAGCACUGGGACCGAACGCGGGCUAUCGCUUGAUACGUGUGUCGGCAAUGGCGAAGAGCAAGGAUGCGGUUAUUUGUGUUGAUGGUGUUCAAAGAGUCAGAGGAUUAGUGUUUGACUAUUGCGGAAUCCAAGACAGAGAAGGGGGUGAAAGAUUCAAAAGAAAAAAAAAAGAGAAAGGGAAGAAAUAAACCCUUCCCCCCUCCCCCAAAUACGGCUGAAGCCUAUAAGCCCCUGAAA